AUGCUGGCGCUGCUGCUGAGGCACGGCAGGCCCUAUGAUGAACUCCUCAAGCAGAGGGGCGUCGACUUGGCCGCCUCUGGAGCCGCGCCGGUCUUCGGGUCGGUGCCCAGACCGGUAGAGUUUUCCGCGGAGAGGGCGAGAGGGUACAACUGCUUCCGGAGGUGCGUGUUUGUCGUUCACUCCGACGACGAUCUAGGAGCGAUCGCGCUUGGCCUCCUCCGGCACAUGGACGACUCCAGGCUUAGAAGGACGAGACCGCAAGGGUCGUUGUCGUUACUGUCCAUCCACCAGGAAACGCUCAUGAUCUUCGCCGCUUUCGUGCACGAGAACCCUCGAUUUGUGCCAAGGCUGGCGGCCUCGGAGGAGGUUGGGCUGCUGGUGUUGUUGAGCCGGCUGCUCCUGACGCUCAGCGAUAACGAGCGCUUCGUCGCCAUGUUGGUAGACAUGCUGGCCGCGGGUGGUGGUGCGGGAGGGCGGGGAGCAGAGUUCGCAGCCCCGGAUCUAGGUGACGCCCCCGGCACCACCAUGAUAGAGGUGGUCCUGUCGCUGUGCGUGUACGCGCUCGCCCGGGCGGGAACGGGUGGUGCGGUGGUGGCUCCUGCACUGGCUGCGGUUGCUCGCAACUUGUGUCCGUUCCUGACGCGAGGCAUGAGGAGACAAACCGCAGAGUCGCUGCUCGAUGCGCUCGAGGUCUAUCUUGUUGGCGGCGGUAGCGAUGGGGGGUUGGUAGAGGAGGAGGGAGGGGAUGGGGGGGCGACGGCUGCGAAUCCGUCUUCUUGGGCGGUGGCCUCGCUCCUGCUGGAGGGGCUGGCGGCGGCUGCGGUUUUCCAUCACGAGGGAGGCGUCGGCAAAGGAGGCGGAAGCGCUGACGUCGGAGCAGUUUUGGUUCGAGUCUCGUGUGCCGUCCUUACCAUGGGAGACCUGCGCGCGCGGGGGGCCGAGGACGGGAACGGGGCCUACGCCCAGCGGGGCGCCGCGGCGGUAGGCGGCGCCGCGGGGUACCUGACCUCCUCCACUCCGCCAGACACCACGGCGGCGGCGGCGGCGGCGGCACCGGGGAGAUCAAACUCGCGAGCCUCGCGAGGGACGGGGGUGUCCGGCGUGUCCCUGGUCGGAGAAGACGGACGGCGCCUCCCCCCGCCCCCCGGUACUCCCGGACCGCCCCCCGGCGGCGGGGUUGUACCGCCGGAGGCGACGGCCUCUGGCAGAGCGGGGGUCGGCGGUGGAGGCGUUGGCGCGGGGAGGGAGAAGGAGGGGGGGGGGGGGGGGGUGGAGGUUCUGACGAGAGUGGCUGCGGUGGAGGAGCCAUGGCAGUCGAUCUACCUGUGGAGCCAGCUGUUCGUCAAGACCACGGCGGACCUGAGGCUGUUUGACUCUCGUGAGGUCAGGCUCUUCGAGAUCAUCGAAGGAGAAACAGGCGACGGCAACCAACGCCACGGCAACGGUGACGACGACAUGGGCACCGAAGUCGAUGAGGAGUUCUACCAAGAGUCGUUUUUCCCCGGGGAAGGGGGCGACGGCGAUUCACCCUCCCCCCCCCGAUCCGAGCCCGCCAGGGGCGGCUCCGUGUUUGGGGGGAGGCGGUCGUCGGGCGGGAGCGGUAGCGACGGUGGUGCUCGCAGCAGUCCGACUGCUGCCGUCGCGGGUGUCCCAGAAGACAACCACGGGGAUGAUUCCUUCGUCUAGCGUUCAUGUUACUCCUGGCGCGCCCGCGGGGGGUGGGGGGGGGGGCAAGGGUGCACAUGGUCGUUCGCGGUAUCGGUCCCACCAAUAGGAAAAAAUCAUGGUGGGAUUAUUAGACGUUGACCGCCGGGCGUGACAGGGGAGGAGGAGGAGAAGCCACAGACCGCUCGCUGUGAAUUAUCAUAUUUGGGUUAUUGUGUUCCGGACUGCUAGGGGGGAUUCUAGUCUUGCACACACACAGCCCGGGGUUUUGUUUUCUGAGCAGGACGACCACAUCAAUCCACGUUUGAUGUAAAUCACGACUGGUUGUUGCGUCCCUGCGGUGCGGGGGGGGGGCAGCGCAGGCGGUACUCGCGCGUGAUGGACGAAUUCGAGGAAGCCUUGCUUCCGGCGGGGGCGGGGACGCAACGUCUCUUUCACGGUGUCCAGGGAGGCGUUGUGCCUGCGCGGGGUUUGAGGGUCGCCAUUUUUGUGGGUGUCUCGCGCGAAGUUCCCGGCCGUAGGU